ACACCAGACCCUCUCCUCUAAAACUGUCGGAGGAGAUUCCCAGUUACUCGACUGAAUCCGGGAAUCUUGUAGUAGCCAUGGCUCCGAGCCUGUCCAGUAUUGUUGUGCUGGCACUAUGUGUGAUCCUGUCCCCUUGUGUAUCCGCAGGGGACGACUGCCUGGCCCACAGUGGAAAGGGCCUCCAGAAAUGCAAUAAAGGUUUUUGCUGUGGUGACUGCUCCAGCCGACAUUGUUGUUCAGAUCUUUUGAGCAGGUUUGAUGAAGACGAUCAAGAGCAAUGUUUCAGCACUGUUCAUAUGCAUCCCGAUCCCACUGCUGUCAUUGGUGUCUUCUUCUUAGUCCUCAUUUCAUUGUUGAUCAUCAUCUUCUGCUGUUUCUGCCCCUUCUGCUACCUGUACAAGAGGUUCCACCAGCGACGCUCUGAAGUGGCUAUCACUACACACGAAACAGUGGUUUCCAGCAAUCCUCAGAGGUACCCACAGCACCUGACUGCAGUGCGUGGACCCUCUCAGUCCUAUGAGGGAGUGCCUUACCACUCAGUACCAAUGCAGCCUGGCUACCCUGCUCAGCCCGUGCUCACAGUGCCCAGUCAUGGACAACCAUUCAUAUCAGGACCACCACCAUCGUAUCAGGAAGCAAUCAGUCACGACUACACUCCACCACUUAUGCCUUACAAGCAGGCUGUGUUCAGCCCCGGCCAGUCAGCGUGUCCUCUGAUGCCACCAGCCCAGCCUGCAUACAACCCAGACUUUGUUACACCACCUGUUAACUAGCGUUUACAUUUGAACUGUGUUCACUAACUAUUCUGCUAAGUUGUUUUCAGAGGUGUUGUUGAGCCCAUACAGUGAUUUCUAUUACAAAACUGUGCUCAGUGAUAACAUAUUGAAUGUUGUUUUUUUUUAUGUACAGAGAUUUACCCAGAGAUUUACAGAGUGCUUAACCACACUCCAUUUCCAUUUCUAGAAUAUACUCCAGAUGGUUUCUUUAUAGCCAAUUAUUUGUUGUUGUCAAUUAAGAUAAUUAGUUGUGAGAUGUUUCUUUGAAUAUCUCACAGCUUUGAAUAUAAUGAUUAAGUUUUAUACAGCAACCAAACUUUGCUGAAAACUAACUGUGCUGAAAUGCACUGGCAGCUUUGGAUUACUUUACCAAAGUAGACAGUUUUCAAUCAACCAAACAUUAAGAUGUUGAACACAUGUUAAAUACAAGAAAAACAAACACCACUGAGCGGGCCCCAAAGCUCGUCUGUUUUGGAUUUGUAAUUGGGGGGGGGUUGUCAAGGUGCUGCUAUAGUAAAGUC